AUGGCCGACGAAACCCAACAAAGGGUCGUAAAUGCGGCAUUUGCGCCUCCUCCACCGUUGUGGAAGCACUUCACACCUGAGAAUAUCAAGAAACUGGACCAGAUCAAGACCGAAGCAUCCAAGGGCGAAGAUGGACGACCAAACAAGAAGAAGGAAUGGUCGGCGCCGGACUUGCGCGCUCUAGAACUACCCUCAGAGCUUCGCUACCUCGUCCCACCUGAUAUCCCCGAAGGACCAUACAGUGUGUUUGGCGAAUUACAGGCUCUGUCAACCGCACUGCCAUCGCUGAAAGAACAAGGAAUCGAACAACUUUACCCAGAACCCCCCGCAAGCACAACCGAACAAGACUCGCAAUCCCCCGCUCUCAACCACGCAUACUAUCUUCUCAAGAUCAGCAAGUCCCUGCUUCUCAACUUUUUAGAGUUCGUGGGCACUCUUUCAGUAUCCCCAGAACAAUUCGAAUCCAAAGUUCAAGAUUUGCGUAACUUGUUCAUCAAUGCGCAUCAUCUUCUUAACCUGUACCGUCCUCACCAAGCUCGUGAAUCGCUUAUCAUGAUGAUGGAAGAACAGCUCAACCACAGCCGCGAGGAGAUCAAACAAAUGGACAAAGUUAAAGCAGAUAUUGAGAAUGUUCUGGAGCAGCUGCAGGCGGAGGGCCGCCGUGUGGCACCUGGGGAACUGGAAAAUACAAAUGACCUGGCCAAGCCCGCGAAAGAGAGAGCUGAUGCGCAUUCCCAGUUGAUCUGGGAUUUGCUGGACAAAGAGAAUUGA